AUGAAUAACAGUGCGAGGCCGACAAAGCAUGGGAUUGACCCGAGCUUAGUCGCAGACACGAUCGUAGAGCAGAACAGCGAUGCUGUCACCCUCCGAAUCAAAAGCAAAGUUCUGAGCUCACUUCGAGAUGAUGGUCCAAACAAUCAGUCCACAAAAGAGCUGCAGAGAUGUGGCGGUUCGCACCUUGAGCCGCGAUAUUGCGUUCUGGCAGGAGGAGUCGACAAGAACAUCGGUUGGCUUUGGGCGACUUUGUACAUUGUCACUGGGCACUGGUUGAUCCUAACAGAGAGGUCAUCCGGGGCUCUCAACUCGGAUGGCAUGAAGCAAAGCGUUUUUGACCAGCACGCAAACCUCGCCCUUGUUGCCGCCCUGGUGCUCACCGUCCUUCUGCCAUUGGCAUACGAGUAUUCAGGUGAUUAUCUGCAAAACGAUUCCGAGACUCUGAGUGUGUUCAACGGUGCUUUCGCUAGCUGGGUGGGUGAGGAUUGGCUCAGUGAUCACAUCGGUUUCUUAGAGGACAUAGGCCAUAUUUGCUAUGGUUUGGCGGCCUUCAACACUUGGGCAGCUGUCUGCGCAUGCUGUUUCAUCUUGCUGGGUUGCAUUGAGCUCAAGACUGACACGGAGGUGCUUGCUUUUGUGACGCGCAUGGGCAGGUUAUACUUGCUUCCAUAUUUCCUGUGGAUAUCCUCAGCGAUUGCAAUUCCUGCGAUGGCUUUGAGAGCAUUCUUGGUCCUGCGCGACUGGAUAUGCGUUGCCAUCAGUUUGGGACUUACGGUUAUCAUCAUACUGGUCUUGGCUUGCUUCUUAAUCUCCGCAAUCAAGGCCGUGGUGAACACCAAACUGGGUGGGCAAAGAUACUGUGCCCUCUCACUCACCGCCGAAGAGUGUAAGGAAGAUGUCAAGGCAUAUCUCAAGGAGGUUGGAGUGGAUGCCAGCCUGAAAGAGUGCUUGCUACACUUGCAGUGUCAGGGUGAGGGAGGCUUGAUUGUUCCGCUUGCCAACCUCACAGCAAUGACAGUGAAGUUGGAAUACGCCCGACAGAUGGUGGAGAAGCUCGGCAUCCGUGAAGCGGAGAAGGAGUCUUUCCUCCCCAUCAUAUUGACCUCCUGA